GUUAAUUUUCCGACGAGACAAAUUAGGGUUUAUUGUUUUGCGUCUCCUUCCGCUUUGCUAUUCUGACUUGGAAUCUUCCGGCGUCACAAAAUUGUCCCUUGAGAUUCACUCACGCUUGCCUCCCUCAGAUCUUUCCAACCCCCCUUACGAUUUCUGUCAUAGUCAUCUUCGUCUCUCUAACUCAAUUAGGCACUAUCUCAACGUCGUCGUCGCCGAUUCAAAGUUACAGUAUAUUGCUCGUGACGGGUAGCACUAUAUCGCUUUCUCAGUCGGAGACUGUUUAAUUCGAUUGAGCCAUUGUUUUAGGCAUUGCAGGUUGGUUUAGGAAUCUCAAAAUCUUGGAAUCAUGCCCUUGUCUUAAAAGAUGGAACAACUUACCGAAAUCUUGAAGAACAAUAGGACAGAAGAUAUCACUUGGUUUUGCUCUCUGUCAGAAUCUGAAGUGGAUUUGCUCAUCAGCUUAAAGAAGCUAGCCAUUGAACGAGCCAAAAGAAGUGAUCACGAAGAACUAGCUGGGCAGUUUGAUCUUAAGACGCUACGAGCUCUCGGGCUUGUGGUAAUGGAGCAUGUAAGGAAAAGGGUACAAGUGGAUACUUGCCUUGUCCCUUGCGCUGUCCAACAACUGAAGGCUUUGGAUAACUGCAAUUUGUUGAAAACUCAUGUCGAUGAUACUAUAGACACUGAGGAGAUUCUGACUGGAAUCUGCAACGUCAAAGUGAAAAAGAAAAAGAAAAAGAGAAAGCCGAUCAAUUUAAGAAGGAAAUCUCGGAAAAGCGGAAGUAGAACAAUGGAGUCGUUGCUUCGUAGUGGCUUAGAAACCCUAAUUCCGGGGGCGAUGUGCAGUCGCAGAGUUUGGACACACUCAGCAGUGGCCCCUCCCUCAGUGAGCGUGAACGAAUUGGAUCUGGUGAGAGGUCUGUUACAAGCUUUGCAAGGUCUGUCUAGUCCCUUCAUUUUCUGGGACCAAAUUCGACAGACUUUCCUCGCUAAAACUGAGAUUCGCGUCUCUCAUUUGUCUCACUCAAGCCUUCAUCUCCUUCUCGCUGGUUUCUUGUAUGCCGCAACAUGUUUGAAGCUUGUGGAGUCCAUCGUUGCUGGAAUCAAUACCUCUCUCAGCUCUCCUCCCACCUUAAUGGCAUUUUCUAACUCUGUCUCUACUUGGCUUGAGGCAAAUGCAUUCACAUCUUCUUCUCUGUGUUCAGGUGCUGAAUAUCUUUUACAAGUUGUACGAGGUGCAAUCCCUCCUGCGUAUUUUGACUCAACUUCAACUAUUUCGACUGCUGAAAUUGCUGUCCACGUUCUUGAUUACCUUUACAAGAAGUUGGAUGAAGUAUGCCUUGUGCAAGGUGGUGAGGUGGAAGGAUUUCACAUGCUGCUGCAAAUCUUUGCGGGAAGUUUAUUGCCGUAUGUUGAGGGUUUGGAUUCAUGGCUGUUUGAGGGAACUCUUGAUGAUCCUUUUGGAGAGUUGUUUUUUACAGCCAACCAAUCGGUCUCCGUUAACGAUGCAGAGUUUUGGGAGAAAAGCUAUAUGCUGAUGAGGGUGCCGGGCCCAAAAUCAAAUGAAAAGAAAGGAUUGAGUGGAAAUGACUCCAACUCAAUUUCUGACAAAGACAAAGAGCAGAAUAAUCGGGUGUUGUGCCCAUUGUUCAUUAAAGACAUCUGUAAGUCGAUUGUGUCUGCUGGGAAGUCACUGCAGCUGAUGCAGCAUAUUCCUUCCACGUCUUCAGGAACUUCGGGAAAGAUUCAGUACCAUAAGGGAAAUGGUUUUGGGAAUUCUAGCUGUGGUACACUAGUGGCUAAAAAGAACAACUUUAGGAGCACUGCAAACUUAUCCUUGUCUGAAGUCUUUUGUCUAACACUUGCUGGCCUUAUAGGCCAUGGUGAUCAUGUCUCUAGAUAUCUCUGGAAAGGUGAGGCGGAUGAGUGGGAGAUUUCUCCAACUUUAGCAUCACAUAUUAAUGGAGAUCUGGAGAAUGACAUGGAUGGUAAAGAUCUUCCAGUUCUCACGUGCUCAGAGCGAAUGUGGUAUAAGUUGUUGGUCGGUGCUGUGCAAGAGAAAAAAGCUAUGGAGGCCAAAUCAGAACACCAGAGCGCAUGUUAUGUUGCUGGUGUUAAGGACGAAAAAAACGGUCUCGCAGUCAGAAAGGCGUUGCAGGGUUCAUUCUGUCAUGAAAACCUUGUUGUUUCAGUAUCUAAAAUGGAUCUUGAGAGGAAUAACGAUGCUUGGAGUGUCUUGAACUUAUCACACAGCUAUUCUCUACCCUCUCUAAACGAUGAGAGCUUGUUGAGUGCUGUUUUUGAGGGAUCUGGCGUGGCAGAUGCUGGAUUGAGCGGCACAAACUACAAAUUUGGAUUCCAGUUUGGUAGAUCUGAGUAUCUUUCUUCUCAGAAUGACACAAAAAUUCUAGAAACGUUGUUUCCUUUUCCCACGUUGCUUCCGUCAUUCCAGCCGAAGCUCCAUAUGUCAGAGUUCCUACCUUUCCAAAAGAAUAGUACACUUCCUUCAAGAGUUCUCAACUGGAUGCUAAAGGUAGAGCCAAGGGAUACUCCACUUCCUGUUGUAAUAAUGCAAGAAUGCUUCACAAUCUACAUCAGGAGGCAGGUGGACUACAUUGGCAAAGUGAUUUUGUCAAAACUAAUGAAUGAUUGGAAAUUGAUGCACGAACUUGCGGUGUUGCGUGCCAUUUUCUUGUUAGGCUCAGGGGACCUUCUGCAGCAUUUUCUGACUGUCAUAUUCAAUAGGCUGGGGAAGGGAGAGUCAUCAAAUGAUGAUUUCGAGCUGAACAUAAUCCUUCAGGAAUCAAUUAGAAAUUCAGCUGAUGCGAUGCUGUUAAGCAGUCCUGAUUCAUUGGUAGUAUCUAUUUCCAGAGAAGGUUGUUUAGACAAAGACAAAGAUGACAAGGGUGACGUAAUGCCCUUUUCUUCAACUCGUAAAAGCCGCAUUAACAACUUUGGGAUAGACUGCCUCGAGUCUCUCAAAUUCACAUACAAGGUACCAUGGCCGCUUGAGCUUAUUGCCAAUAGUGAGGCCAUUAAGAAGUAUAAUCAGGUGAUGGGAUUUUUGUUGAAGGUCAAGCGAGCAAAAUAUGUGCUUGAUAAAGCGCGAAGGUGGAUGUGGAAGGGUAAAAAAGGCUCUGCAACAAAAAUCCGCAAGCACCACUGGUUACUGGAACAAAAGCUCCUCAAUUUUGUGGAUGCUUUUCAUCAAUACGUAAUGGACAGGGUAUAUCACACGGCAUGGCGUGAACUGUGCGAAGCUAUGGUAAAAGCAGGGUCGCUAGACGAGGUCAUAUACGUACACGAGACCUACUUGUUAUCGAUUCAGAGGCAAUGCUUUGUGGUUCAAGAAAAGCUGUGGGCAAUCAUCGCAAGUCGGAUAAACAUGAUUCUGGGUUUAGCUCUAGAAUUCUACUCAAUACAACAGACACUGAGCAGCGGUGGAGCAGUGUCUGCCAUCAAGGCAAGAUGCGAGAUGGAAAUAGACCGCAUUGAGAAACAAUUUGAAGACUGCAUUGCUUUCCUCCUUAGAGUAUUGUCGUCGAAGCUGAACGUGGGACACUUCCCUCAUCUGGCUGAUUUAGUGACCAGGAUCAAUUACAAUUACCACUACAUUGAUCUUCUCGACGGAACCAGCAUGUUGGCUCUUUCCAAGGUUUUGCGGAGAACCCAGAGACUCCGAGUGGGAGCUUGUACUGCUUUUCAUACCAAAGAGGUACAAUCGUCAGGAGAGAGGAGCUUCUUCACUCUUGAAUCCAAUUCGGUUGUGUAUGAUAAACGCGAAGCUGUUCCAAGACUCUACGGCAUGUCAUGUAUGAGUAAACGUGCACUGUCCUCCAACGCCGGCACUAAAAGUGACCAGGAGGAAUAUGAAGUCGAACCCGGGUUCUCUGAUCUGGAAGAUUCAGAGUCAGGCCAAGAGAGUAGCAGUGAGGAUGAUGAGGCGCCGCCUAAGGGAAAGCUCUCCGCUGAUGAAGAUGACACUGAAGACGAUGAGGAAGAAGAGGAGCUGGAGCUAGACCUCAUUGAAACCGAGGAUCGUAGAAAAGCCGUAGAGAAGAAACCAUCGGAGUUGUUUAAGACCAUUGUUUCUGCAGCAGGGCUCUCUGUAGGCAGUGCACUUGAUAAAUGGACGGAAGAAGGAAAUGAGAUCAACCGAAUCGAGGUUGCUAAGGCGAUGCUUCAGCUGCGUAGACGUAGGAUGUAUGGCAGAGCAUUACAGAUGUCAGAGUGGUUGGAAGCAAAUAAGAAACUUGAAAUGAACGAGAGAGAUUAUGCUUCUCGGUUAGAUCUUAUUGUUAAAACGCGCGGCUUAGACAAGGGAGAAGCUUAUAUGGACAAGAUCCCGAAAUCCUUCAGAGGGGAAGUGAUCUAUCGUACCCUCCUGGCGAACUGUGUGGUUGCUUGCAACGUGAAGAAGUCGGAAGCUGUGUUCAACAGAAUGAAGGACUUGGGCUUCCCUCGUUCUGCUUUCACCUGUGAUCAGAUGCUUCUGCUCUACAAGAGGGUCGACAGAAAGAAAAUCGCUGAUGUGCUUUUGCUCAUGGAGAAAGAAGAUGUCAAGCCGAGUCUUCUCACCUACAAGAUCCUGAUUGACGUCAAAGGCUCAUCUAACGACAUUAAUGGGAUGGAGCAGCUUGUGGAGACGAUGAAAGAUGAAGGUGUUGAACCGGACUUCCACACACAGGCCAUCACUGCGAGACACUACGCAGGAGCUGGGCUUAAAGACAAGGCCGAGAGAGUCUUGAAAGAGAUGGAAGGUGAAAGCCUAGAGGCAAACCGCCAGGCGUUCAAAGAUUUGCUCUCCAUCUAUGCCUCUCUCGGGAGAGAAGAUGAGGUGAGGAGAAUAUGGAAGCUCUGCGAAUCAAAGCCCCGCUUUGAGGAAUCCCUUGCUGCAAUCUCCGGUUUUGGAAAGCUCAACAAAGUACAAGAGGCUGAGGCGAUUUUUGAAAAGAUUGUGAAGAUGGACAGAAGAGCUUCGUCUAACACUUACUCCGUCCUCCUGAGGGUUUACGUUGAUCACAAGAUGCUCUCAAAGGGCAAGGAUCUGGUUAAACGAAUGGCGGAGAGCGGUUGCAGGAUUGAGGCAUCCACAUGGGAUGCACUCAUCAGGCUCUACGUGGAAGCUGGGGAAGUUGAAAAGGCUGAUUCUUUGCUGAACAAGGCAUCAAAACAGAGCCAUACGAAACUGAUGAUGAACUCGUUCAUGUACAUUAUGGACGAGUACGCAAAACGGGGAGAUAUUCAUAACACUGAGAAGAUAUUCCAAAAAAUGAGGGAAGCUGGGUAUACAUCUAGGCUCAGGCAGUUCCAAGCCCUCAUGCAGGCUUACAUAAACGGCAAAGCUCCUGCUUAUGGAAUGCGAGAUAGAAUGAAGGCCGAUAAUAUCUUUCCGAACAAAUCCAUGGCUGCACAGUUGGCUCAAGGCGAUCCUUUUAAGAAGACAGCUAUCUCUGAUAUUCUGGAUUGAGGAGACUCUUUCCUACACCUUUGUCUUUUUGCUUGCUACAAGUAUCACAUUUGUCUUCCUAACGUUUAGUUUGAGAGAGUUUGCUUAGUUACUGUAUUUUUUUAUGCCUUUUGUUGGUUCUUUGGUGAUCGAUCUAUCCACUUUCAGAGACCUUUAAGAUUGUUACUUCUAUACCGGCUGGUUUGGUUUUGGUUUUGGUUUUAAGAGUCAAUGCUCAACAAAGAGAUGGAACAACAUUGAAAGCUAAUGAGUUUUUU